CACCUCUCUCAUCAAACAAAGUGGCGCCGGCGAAGACGCAGAGAGAUAAACAGCAAGAACAGUGUUAAUGGUGAGUUCUAAUUAUCGCUUCUGCUCAUCGGUAUAACACUUGCCGGAGCCGCCGACAAUAAAAGAAACUUUGAAUUUAGAUUGAGGAUGGCCGCUCUGUCAAUAUCAUGUGGAGAAUCAGCUGCAUAUUCACAACUAUUUAUUCUCCGAUUUUUGGACCGGACGAUUGACAACAUCAAGCACAAUGCUGCUCAGAUGUGUGCUAACAUUUUCUGCCGUGAAUCAAGUAUUACCGAUCCAAAUGCAAUUGCUAGUUGUUCGCUGUUAACAAGUAAUGAUUGGUUUUCAAAUAACAAGGAACACGAUGACGAAGGUAAUCCUCAGGUGGUUUUCAAUGUCUUGGAUGCUAUGCUCAAGGGUAGUUUGGAACGGUUGAAAUCUAUGAGGGAAGGCAUAUCAUCCGUUAAGGUUGGCCUUGCUGGAUGUGCUGUGAAUGUUAGUUGUACAGGACAUGUAUCUGUAAUCAGGGAUUUAUGUUUGGCUGGCAAGUUGGGAGCAGCUCUAUGGCUCAGGAGAAAAAUGGUACAGAAAGGCUCUGUUCCUGAUGUUUUCACCCACAAUUAUCUGUUGAAUGGACUCUGUAAAACUGGGGAUUUGGAGCAGGCUGAUUGGCUUAUCAGGGAGAUGUUAGAAGUAGGUCCCUCUCCAAACUGUGCCACUUACAACACGUUUAUAAAAGGUCAUUGUCUUUUGAAUAAUGUUGAUAAAGCUCUUUAUCUGUUCUCUACUAUGACUGAUAGCGGUGUCAGGCCGAAUAGGGUUACUUUAAACAUACUUGUGCAUGCUCUUUGCAAGAAAGGCCUUUUGGCGGAUGCCAGGAAACUUCUGGGAGAGCUAUUGGAUGGUAAUGGAAAAGCAGAUUCAGAUUUAAUAACCUCAACUAUACUUAUGGAUGGCUGUGUCAAGAACGGAGAUAUGGUUCAGGCCCUUGGUUAUUGGGAGGCUAUGUCAAAAAAUAACAUUCCAGUGGAUGUUAUUGCAUAUAAUGUUCUUAUCCAUGGAUCCUGUUUGUCUCAAGACAUGAAACUUGCAUAUCACUACUCAUGUGAUAUGCUCAAGAAAGGAUUGCUCCCAGAUGUCUUUACAUACAACACUCUUAUGUCUGGUCUUUGCAAAGCAGGAAAAUUCUAUGAGGCUUGUUACAUUCAUGAUGUUAUGUUGAAAAUGGGUGUUGCUCCUGAUCAUAUUUCAUAUAAAAUGGUGAUUCAAGGCUUGUGUACCCAGGGGGAUGUUUUUAGGGCUAGUGAACAACUUCAUAGUAUGUUAAAGAAGUCAAUGGUACCUGAUCUGCAUGUUUGGAAUCUUAUGAUUGAUGGUUUUGCGAGAUGUGGAGAUCCUGCUAGUGCAUUUAUCAUUAGAAAGCAGAUGUUCUCCUGUGGGGUUUUACCAAAUGUGUUCACCUACAAUGCAAUGAUUCAUGCACACAUAAAAACAGGAAACAUCGUUGAUGCAUAUUCUCUUAAAACAGAUAUGCUUUUUCAUGGUCUUUCUCCUGACGUGGUUACCUAUAAUCUCUUAAUUGGCGCAGCUUGUAAUGCAGGGCAAAUUCAUGUUGCAGUUCAUUUGUAUUAUGAAAUGUUGAGAGGUGGAUGUGAGCCGGAUAUAAUAACUUACACUCAACUCAUUAGGAGUUAUUGUAUGAGGAAUAACAUGAAGGUGGCGGAGGAACUUUUUGCCAAGUUACUGAGUUCCGGUCUUAUGGUUGAUCAUGUUCCUUUUCAGAUACUUAUCAAGAAGUAUUGCUCAAUGAGGGAGUGCGAUGUGGCAUUCAACCUCUAUCAGAAGUGGUUGACAAGGAAACUUUAGAGUUUUCUGCUAAGCGACUUUUGUACAGGAGCAGAACAAAAAGUCUUUGUAUUUGCAUUUCUGAAAAUUUACUGAUUACUGCUAAGCGACUUUUAGUUCAUGGGGAAGUUUGAAUCUUGCACAUGAUCUUUCUUGAGUCAGAAAAUGAAGCUAUGUUCGUCACAUCAGUUAGAGACUCAGAGUUCAUUAGCAAAGGUUAGAGAAGCGACAAAGAUGAAGACCUCAUAUUUGCAGCUGCUGUUACAUUUUCCAAGAAGCAAAUUAAACCCUACUUCAAUUGUCACCCUGUUCUUUUGAGAACGACCAUGAUUAUCUGCAGUUAAAUAACCAAACCCUGUAAAGCUUUUGCUGAGUUGAGUUCCUUGAAAUAGUGCUCAGGUUGCGUAUGGGUGUAAGCCAUGAAAUCUUGGAAAACCUUAUUUGACAUCAGUUGUCAGCCUCACUAGAACUCGAAUGGCUCCUUGGGCACUCAUCUUCAAAGCUAAAACUCUUCUUUCAUAGCUGUAAAUGAAGCUUGGUUUGGAUUUUAGUAGAGGCGGGAGAAGUCUUGUAGCAAGACGGUUGUAUACCUUCAAAUAUUGCCUCCAUUCGUCAUACUAGCAGAGCAAUUCUUAUGAUACAUGAGAGUAGAACACCUGAUAAGAUCACCGUGGAAAUCAAACGCACCGCGUCUAAGGUUCAAAUGGUACAACAACUCAUUCAGACCUAUGAAUUUGAAAAUUAGCUUCACUUUUUCUCAAGGAAAAAGAUUAAACAGACAGAGAAAGUAAAAUAUGGACUUUAUUAACAGCCAGAAGGAACAGAGUGCAGGCGGUAUUUAUGGGAAAGUGGAUACAGGAUAUAGCUCACAUUCACAAGCAGCGGAAACCACAUAUCCGUCAUCUUCUUUCGGAUUGCAUCUAUGAGGAUAUGGAUCGUGAAGCUGAGGCAGGUCUGGAUCCCCUGGAGCAGGAGGUUAUAGCACUUACAGGUUUUGAAUGUCGCUGUCGGAUAUUUUUUUGUUUUUCAAUAUAAUUGAAAUUUAUAUCAAGCCAUAUUUGAUUUUUAAAUAACAUAUAUAAAUUGAUAAAUAGAGAAACUUGGAUUGACUUGA